AUGGCAUAUGUAUUUAAUUCAUUUAUUGAUGAAGAUAAUCUAAAUCGAGAGAAAUUUGAAAAUGAAAAUGAUGAACAAAAUUUAUCAUGGCUAUUUAUCGAUGCAUGUACAACAAAUAUUCUUCUUUUUUUCUGGUCAAAGUAUACAAUUUGUUGGUAUGGUGUAAAUUUAAUAUCAUUAAUUGUUUAUACAUCAAAACAAUGA